AAGCACUGUGCAAGGGCAGGGGCUCCAGGGCUCCAGGUGGAGGCCUAGCGUCUGCACCUGGGCCCGUGGUCCACUCCCAGUCUCCAGGAACCCCCUCCUGGGGCAUCCUGAUCCCCUUACCUGACUGCUGCCUCCCAGGCAGCCCCACCCCCAGGCUGCAUCUCCUGCAUAAUAGCACAUCCACAUUUCCUGCCCACCCCCACCCCCAAAGCCUUCCCAACUUCCAUUCACAUCCUUGCUCCACACCCACACCCCACCUCUCCUUCCUGCUGUCUUGACAUCCAGGUGCUCCCAGAAGCUUCUUCUGCCCCUUCUGUCUGUCUGCAUGCUGGGAGGGGCCCUCCUUUCCCCUUUCACACUGAGAGUUCCCCGGAGGACUUUCAAGGGUGGCGUCCCCCCCAGGUGCAACGUGCCCUAAGCUCUGGGUUGUCUCUCCCCUGCAUGGGUUUAGUCAGGGCCGUAGGGUUGGGGGAGGCCCUGGCCUUCCUCAGGGCCCUCACCCGGCCGGAUGUAAUGUCUGGCCUCGUGGGCGCUGAGCGGCAGCACCGUGGGCAGUCCGGCCGAGGAGCGGACAGCGUCCAUGCGCAGGAAUCGGCUGGUAAUGUAGAUGUUGUUGUAACUGUCCCAGUUCAGGUAACCGUACCGGUAAAACAGGGCUCUGGUGGGGCACAGGCGAGGCGCCUCAGGACCCCACAGGGCACCAACCUGCCCACCCCCCACCCGGCCCCAAACUCCAGCCUCCCAGGAUGUGGCGGGGUGGGGGUGACCUGGCCCCGCCCCGCCCCUCACUGGAGGUAGAGGAGCACGAGCAGCACCGGCGUGGUGUAACCCAUCAGCGCCAGGGCCUCUCGGACGCGGUACAGCUUCAUGCUGACGGCCUCGUGGAGGUCCAGAGCGACCUGGGACAAGCUCCGAGAGGCAUUGAGAUCCACAGAGAAGUGGUGGGUGGCUGUCACGUUGAACUCAAACUCUUGACGCACCCGGUUAAUCAGCUUCUUUGCAGCUGGGGUGAGCAAGGACAAUUAGGAGGGGACAGAGCCGCAUUUAGGGGAGGAGCAUGGCGCAGCCCAGGGGCUGCACGGCUCACAGACCAGCCAGGAACCCCCAGUGUUUGAACCCACGGUGGACUGAGGAGGGGAGGAAGCCUCCACAAGCUGGGCCAUUGCCCUGUGUGUGCGCAGCACCAGCAUUCCGCCUUCCCGACGACCUGCCCAGGCGCAGGAGGCCCUGCCUCUCCCCCAGCUCCUGCUCCGCAGUCAAGCUUGGGUGAGGCUGCUCCCCGGGCGCUGGGCCUCAACUUCCUAAUCUGCCCAGGUAACCUGAGCGCCUAGGGGGCUGGCAAUGGCCGUAUGGGGAUGAGGGCGGGAGACCUCCCGGGAGCAGCAGAUUCGGCAGGCUCAGAGGGGUCACUCAGAGGGGUCACUCACGGGUGCCGAUGGUCUCACGCAAGAAGGGUUGGAUGUACAUGGGUAUGAUGCAGAAUACCUGGGCCACUGAGGGCCGGGACUGAGUGUCAGGAUGGGUAGAGAGAUGCAGCCUGCCUCUCCCACCUCCAGGGACCUUGUUCCCACUGGGCCUUCUCGACCUUUUGCUUUUCCUCCUGGCCACCCCAUCUGGCUCCAAAUCUUUUGGCUUCUCCCCAUUACCCCAAGCCCCCCACCCCAUACGGGGCAAGCAUCCUUACUGGCCCCAUAUUCAUCACCUCUUAUUGGUACCCCUGGACCUGCCCUCCAACUGACCCCACAUUUGCUAGGCCCCCAAUCCUGCCGGUGACGCCCUGGCUCGCUCACCGCUGGCAAGUCCACAGAGCACCAGCUUGAAGGGCAUCAGCACGUAACACAGGUGGUAGGCUUGUGGUAUGACCUUCAUACAGCUGUCCUUCGCGUCAUCGAAGACCCGUGCACACUUCAAGUAAGGGUUGCCCAACUCCGAGUUGCAAACGUCUCCGAUGUGCAGGAGCCAGUACCACACGUUGCGCAGGGCCCUGGCUGGGGACAGCGUCGGGGCUUGCACCCGGGGCCAGACCUGCAGCAUCUUCUGGGGGCUUGAGGAACACCAGGAUACCCCCAGCGCUGGAGAGGCCUGUGGCCAGGUGCCUGGCUGUGCUGUAUCACCAGGGACUAGUCAGCACCCAGGAGGGGCCCAGAACGUCCUGGACAAGGGAACCGAGGGAGUAGAAGACACAGACCUCAGGCAGGCUGUGGGUGAGGCAGAGGAGACGAAGCAUAGCCUCACAUCCAAGGACAUCCCUGAGGAGACUUCUGGGGUGAGACAGGGUUCCCAGAAGCCUAUGGCAGACUAUGGACCCCCCAGACUUCACCACAAUGGAGCAAAAGGGCAAAGGAGGAGACAACCCCACACCAUACAGAAGCUCCUGCACUGGGGGCUGCCUGCGUCCUGUCACCGAUUCCUGUGGCGCCAACCGGGGGAGUUUCCGGUCACUGCUUUCCUUCUGGGGGCAGGCACCGGGGGGCUCCUGGCCAUCGGUCUCUUUCAGCUCUUGGUGAAUCCUAUGAAUAUCUAUGAAGAACAGAAGAUGAUGACGCUGUACGGCUUGGUGGGCUUCGGGGCCGUGGGCUGGGGGACCUCCCCUCACAUCCGCUGUGCCAGCCUCUUGCUGGUCCCCAAGAUGCUGGGCAAAGAGGGCAGGCUGUUUGUGCUGGGAUAUGCCUUGGCUGCCAUCUAUGAGGGACCGGCGGCCAACCUACGGCACAAUCUCAACGAAGUGGUGGCGUCACUGGGCUGCACGGUAGAGCUGCAAAUCAACAACACACGUGCAGCCUGGCGCGUCUCCACAGCCCCCCUGCGCGCCGUGUUCAAGGGCCUGCUGGGCAGCAAAGAGUCACUGAGGGCAGAAGCUCAAAACAUCUCUAGCGCCUUCAAGGACCUGGACGCCCAGGUGAGCAGUGAGACGGGCUACACACCUGAGGAGGCCACGGGCUCGGAGGAAACAGCUCAAGGCUUGCGGACCCACCGCGCCGUGGCCUCCAGACACCACCUCUCCACACAAAAGAUGUACGAGAUGAAAACCAAGCUGCGUUGCUCCAGUGUGGUGAACCAGGCCAUACUCAGCUGCCGCCGCUGGUUUGACCGAAAGCAUGAACAGUGCAUGCAACGCAUCUGGGUCCCGCUGCUCAAGCACCUGCUCUGCGUGCCCAUGAAGUUCAAGUUCUUCUGUGGCAUUGCCAAGGCCAUGGGCGUUUGGUGCCGCAGCCGCAUCCCCGUGGAAGGCAACUUCGGGCAGACCUACGACUCCCUCAACCAGUCUAUUCGUGACCUGGGAGGGGAAUUUUCAGCCACGAUUGACCUCAAGGAAGAAAAGCAGGCCGCACUGGUGGGCAUCAACAUGAGCUGGGGACAUGUGAGCAGCGAGCUGCGGGAUUAUGUGAGAAGCCAGGAGGCCCAGCUGGAGUGGGUCCUGGGGCUGCUGCACGUCUUGCUGUCCUGCACCUUCCUGCUGGUCCUCCGAGCGUCCUUCUCCUACGUGGACAGCUAUAAUGGGGACAUUCGCUUUGACAAUAUCUACAUCAGCACCUACUUCUGUCAGAUCGAUGAACGCAGGAAGAAGCUGGGUAGGCGGACUCUGCUGCCGCUGCGCAAAGCCGAGAAGAAAACCGUUAUCUUCCCCUAUGAACCCACUAUCCAGGCCACAGAAAUGAGGAACGUGGUAAGGGAGCUCGUGGAGACACUGCCCAUUCUGCUGCUGUUCCUGGUGCUGUGUGGACUGGACUGGGCUCUCUACUCCAUCUUUGACACCAUCCGCCACCACUCCUUCCUGGAGUACUCCUUCCGCAGCAGUCAUAAAUUGGAGGUGAAAGUCGAGGGAGACUCCAUGCUUGCCUGGCUUCUUCGGAAGACCAUUGGGGCCCUGAACACCUCCUCGGAGACAGUGGUGGAAUCAAACAACAUGCCCUGUCUGCCCCAGCCCGUGUGUCUGGAUGCCACGGCUUAUCUGAGGGCUGCGCUGCCCAGCGCCCUGCUCGUGGGUCUCUGCCUGCUCCAGGCUUUCGGCUACAGGCUCCGGAGGGUCAUCGCAACCUUCUAUUUCCCCAAGCGAGAGAAGAAGCGGACCCUGUUUUUCUACAAUGAGCUCCUGAGGAAAAGGGCAGCCUUCACCCAGCUGAGGAGGGCAGCCAUUGUGAGGCAGGCACGACAGCAGAGGGCCCCGCGCCACCGCCUAGUGGACAUCCUGCACCGCUGCUGCCCCCUCUUGCGCCCCUGGCUGCGCCGGCGCUGCGUGGUGUGCCAGGCACCCGAGACGCCCGACUCCUACGUGUGCCCGACUCCGGACUGCGAGGCCGUGUACUGCCGGUCGUGCUGGGACGACAUGCGGCAGCGAUGCCCGGCCUGCACACCCCGCGAGGAGCUCUCCUCCUCCGCCUACAGCGACAGCAACGAUGACGCUGCCUACGCGGAGUGAAGGGGCGCUCUGCCCGCUCUCCCACCCGCUCCUAAUAAAAGGCCGUGUACGCUCCUGCUGCCUGGUGUUUCGCAGGGGGCCGGUACGGGGCGUGGGGUGAGCCCGGCGCUGCCCGGCCGGCAGUCGGAAGAACGGGCCCGCCCAUCGAUCGCCGCAGGGCCGGGCGGCGGACGGGAAGCGGGAGGGCAGCACAGCUGGUGCGAAGAGGUCCGGACCCGCGGCGGCGUAGAGGCGCGACGCCCAAGCCGGUCGGACCGGGCCUCACCCUGCACAGUAGCGGGGAAGCAGCGGCGCAGAGCAGAGCGGACG